AUGAAUGAUAAGAGUGAUCAAUAUAAGAAUAAUUCCAUAAAAAAAAAUGAAAAGAAAAAAAAUAAUAAUAAUAAAAAGUUGUCCUUGUCAUCUCAAAAGUUGCUCGAAAGGAAUUCAUUUAAAUUACAAGAAUUAAUUGAAGUGAGUUAUAAAAAUUGCAUAAAAAAAAGUGAUAGGGACCUGUUCAGACAAUAUACCCCCAGAAUGUUGUGGGGAAACCCUUGUAAAUAUUUUCCUACCACACCGUUAUCAGAAUUUCAAAGCCCUAAACUGUUUGAAAAGCUCCACUUGGAUACGUUAUUUUUUAUAUUCUAUUACCAAGCAGGUACCUAUCAACAACAUUUAGCGGCGAAAGAACUGAAAAAGAAAUCGUGGAAAUAUCAUAAAAAGUACACAACUUGGUUUUUACCUUAUGACAAUAAUGUUACAAUUUCAAAUGACAAAAUGGAACAAGGCACAUAUCUGUCUUUUGAUUAUGAAUCGACUUGGUCAAAACAGAUAAAGAACGAUUUUUCGUUUGAUCAUAAAUACUUGGAAGAUGAAAUAACAGUCUAA